ACUCUGUAUUAUUUUUAUUUAAUUUGAUAUCAAAAUUUACAAAUUUUGACCAAAAAACAAAAAAUUACAAACUAGAGACUAUCUCUGUGAUUAAAACGGAAGAAAACCCUUCUAAUCACACAACCAUGAGAAAUAGGGCAGCCACCGGCGUCGACACGGCGGUUGUCGAUCUCUGGAAACGAGAGGUCGGACAUCUCUCCCCCAGAAACUUCGCUCUCCGUCUCGCCGCCCCAGAGGACCUUGUGAGGCGUCUUGAGAUAUUCCGCAAACUAGAAAAACAUAGUGGCUGUGUCAAUGCAGUAAGCUUCAAUCAUGAUGGUGACAUCCUUGUAUCAGGAUCUGAUGAUACGAGGCUUAUACUUUGGGACUGGCAAAGUGGAAAAGUUAAACUUGAACUUCAUUCGGGACACAAUAAUAAUGUCUUUCAGGCCAAGUUCAUGCCGUACACUGAUGAUCAAUGUAUUGUUACUUCUGCUGCUGAUGGACAGAUAAGAUGCACUCAUAUUCUACCACAUGGGAAAGCUGAGACUAAAUUACUGGCAAAGCAUCUAGGUGAGGUUCACAUGUUGGCCAUUGAACCGGGAAGCCCUCACAUUUUCUACAGCUGUGGUGAAGAUGGACUCGUUCAACGUAUUGAUCUGAGAACAGGAGCCGCCACAAGACUUCUUACUUGCCAACCUCUUGGACACAGGAGUUACAUGUCUUUUAUUCAUCUGAAUGCAAUUGCAAUAGAUCCAAGAAACUCUAACCUAUUUGCAGUUGCUGGAUCUGAUGUAUAUGCCAGGCUUUUUGAUCUCCGCAGUUCUAAGUUUAACAACUCACGUAAAUUUGGUCAACCCGUUGACUUCUUUUGUCCUUCUCACUUAGUUGGUGGUGGAAAUGUGAGCAUAACUGGCUUGGCUUUUUCGGAUCAAAGCGAGCUUCUUGUUUCAUAUAAUGACGAGUUAAUCUAUCUUUUCUCAAAAAAUAUGGGUCUUGGACCCUCUCCACCCCAAAGUUCCCCGCUUUCCAGUCAAGAUGAUGCUAGUGAGAGGCCCCAAGCCUACACGGGACACCAGAACUCUGAAACAGUGAAGGGUGUUAGCUUCUUUGGUCCUAAAUGUGAAUAUGUUGUCAGUGGGUCGGAUUGUGGUCGGAUUUUCAUAUGGAAGAAAAAGGACGGGGAACUUGUCAAUCUUUUGGAAGGAGAUAGACAUGUUGUAAAUUGCAUUGUAUCUCAUCCUCACACGUCAGUUCUUGCCAGCAGUGGUAUUGAGACUGACAUAAAAAUAUGGACCCCGAAAGCGACUGAGAAGAGAGAGUUGCCUAUAAACGUCUCAAAGGUUUCCACGUCCCGUCCAAUCCAUCUAUUUGGCUUUGAGAGUCUUGACGAUGACAGUGAUGGUGAAUACUUUUAUGACGACGACGAAGAAUAUGGUUAUGAGGUGGAUGAAGAGUGUGAUGAAGAGGAUAUCUUUACUGAUCUAGUGGAUGAAGAUGAUAGUGCAAGUGCUGGAGAGGAUGCAAAUGAUGAUGAUAUGGUUAGUGAUGAAGUGGAUGUUGAGGCAGAUGAAGAAGAAGAGGAUUGCUUUUGUGACCCUGUUGACCUUUCCGACACCCAUGAUAUGGGGGGCAAUGAAGACUUGGAGGAUAUUGAUGAUGACGACGGUGAAGAAGAAGAAGUUGAUGCUGAUUAUGAUGAUGAUGAUGAUGAUGAGUACGAUGAAGAAAUAGUUAGUGAUUAGUAAUACCAUGAGUACAGCAUUACUGCUGAGGAGGGGAGCGGGACACGUGAUCAACGAUGAUCAGGUUACUGAUAAAACGGAUGGGAGGGUAGCGGACGAAGAACAAUAUUCAGAGGAAGAAGAAUGCAUGAUGAUGAUGAUGAUGAUGAUGAUGAUGGGCAUGCUGAAUGAUUGGUUGCUGAAAGUGUCAAAAGAAGCAUUGCUGGAUGGUGGGUUUUGUAAUGAGGCCAUUCUCAAAGUGAUUACUAGCCCCUUUUUUUUGUGAGUUUGGCUCAAGAAUUGUCCCAGUGGGGGAGAGGAGCCCUUAUUUUAGCGGACACAAAAAGGAACAACAGUAAUAGGCACAAUAAUAUACAUGGGUGAAACCCUGUACAUUUUUAAACUACAUAAUACUCCGCAUGUAUUUUGCCCUGAUUUUUACUACUCUCUGUAGUAAAUUGAAUGAGGCUAA